AAAUUAAAAAAAACUAAAUGAGGAAGCUAAGUUUGAUUUGAGUCCUUGACCAUUUUGUGUGGAGAAAUUUGGACCUCAAAUUGUUGUCUGGUUAAGAUUCACACACCUUCAAAAUCAUCCCCACAUUCCCCUGCACCUUACUCGCCCACGCCCAAAACGUACGCCUUGUUUUUCCCAUCGAGUUCCACUGCUUUCAUCUCAUUAAAAAUCCUUCCUUUUGAAUCUUUGACUACAAACCCCAAAAUUCUCCAAUUUUCUUGGACACCCACUUCCAGAUUCUCCAUCUUCUUUGGUGGGUAGCCUUCAGAGAUCGGUAAUUUUGGCCCUCGUUAUCGUUGAGGAAUUUCAUCAAACAGUUGGUCUUCGACGUUGGAAAAUCUUAUUUUUGGCGAGGAGGGAAUGGUGGGGGCUUUAUCCUUGGUGGGUUCAUCGGUUGUGGACUCGCAUGCUUGUCCAUGCUUGUGCGUCGAUGCUCUGCCUACGACGAACUUGAAUUUCAAAAGCGUUGGAGACUUGGGAAGGAAGCAUACCAUCAAGGCGGCUGCUGGGUCGUCUUCCUCCUUGGAGUUGAACAGUUCGUUCAUCGAUUCCGGCCAUGACAGGCGGCGGCUGUCGGUGAUGAAAUCGGUUCCGGGUAUUGUUAGUCGAAGUUACAGGAACCAGAGGAAGAGUAAUCGGCGGCGGAAGGUGGUCGUCAAUGAAUUGGGUGGCCAGUAUGAAGACACUUUUGAGGACGUUAAAGUGCAAAUACUCAACUAUUUCACGUACAAGGCUGUGAGGACAGUUAUGAACCAACUCUAUGAAAUGAAUCCCACACAAUAUAGGUGGUUUUACGAUUUUGUUGUAACAAACAAGCCUGGAGAUGGGAAGAGAUUCCUUCGCACCCUUGGCAAGGAGAGGCACGAGCUUGCUGAAAGGGUGAUGGUGACAAGGCUUCAUCUCUAUGGAAAAUGGGUAAAGAAAUGUGAUCAUGCUGAAAUAUACAAAGAGAUAUCUGACCAAAACUUGGAGUUGAUGCGUGAACGUCUUAUUGAGACUGUGAUAUGGCCCUCAGACGACACCAACACAGAAAAGAUCGGAUAAAAAAGCAAAACACAAACGUCCUAUUUUAAUCCUUUCUCUUCUUUUAUUGUUCCUUUAGUUUUAGGUAAUUUUUGCUUCAAGAGUUUGGCCCAACAUCCACUCUGUCUUGUCUUCUAUGAUGAAUUGUAUUAUUUUAAAUUUGACCAAUAAGAUAGUGUUCCUACUACUUGUUAUGUUAUUAUUGUACUUGGUAACCUGUAUAUAUAAACAUAUGGAAAGUAUAUAUGUUACAAUCAUUUUAAA